AUGUUCGCCGCCUCUGCACGCUCAGCAGCCCUCUCCGCUGGUCCCGGACGCCGCGCGGCGAGCACCAUCGCGUCAAAGUACUCCAGCGCCGUCUUCUCCGCCGCGCUCAAGGCGUCCCCCCAGACCCUCAACAAGGUCCAGACGGAGCUCAACGCCAUCCAUGCCGCCGUCAAGGCCACGCCCGAGCUUGCGACGUUCGUCAACAACCCCACGCUCUCUACCAAGGACCGCGCCGCCGGCCUCCCCAAGCUCUUCACCGCCGCUGGCAAGGAGCCCGUGUCGGACGUGACGAAAAACCUCUUCCUCGUCCUCUCCGAGAACGGCCGGCUCGUUGAGACCGAGGGCGUCAUCGAGGGCUUCAACGAGCUCGUCGCCGCCCACAAGGGCGAGCUCACCGUCACCAUCACCUCCGCCACUGCCCUCCCGCGCGACGUCCAGACUCGGCUAGAAACCCUUCUCAAGCAGUCACAGGCGGCGCAGGCGGCCAAGACCCUCAAGAUCACGAACAAGAUCAACCCUUCCGUGCUCGGUGGUGUCAUCGUCGACUUUGGCGACAAGACCAUCGACCUCAGCGUUGUCUCCAGGGUGAACAAGCUCAACUCCCUCCUCUCCCGUACCCUCGCGUCAGUGCUACGCCGCUAUCCCUUUGGAAUAGGGUUGCUCCGAGAAAUACUACAGAACUCAGACGAUGCGGGAGCGACAAAACAGAUUUUUGUGCUCGACGCACAACACCACCCGACCGACACUCUCCUCCGCUCCGCAUUGAGCCAUCUGCAAGGCCCUGCCUUGCUCGCAUUCAAUGAUACCGUAUUCAAGGACAAAGACUGGGAGGGUAUCAGGACAGUCAGCCAGUCCUCGAAGAAGGAUGAAGACGAGAAAAUAGGAAAACACGGCUUGGGCUCCCGAGCCUAUUACCACCUCACCGACAAUCCCCAAUAUCUGUCGGGCGACGCGCUCGUCGUCUUCGACCCCCACCGCUGGGCGUUCGAAGAAGGCGGCUGGCGAGACACGCUCUCGGAGCUCGCCGCUCAUUACCCCCACCAAUUGGAACCUUUCCAGCUGGAAUCGUUCCGGAAUUUUGGGCGUAUGGACGACACUUUCCCGGGCACUGUGGUUCGACUCGCUCUCAGAUCGCCCAGCUCCAACAGCAGGAUCGGUACAAAGGCGCCAAGCGUCAAAGAUCUCCGGGACCUCCUGCAGACCUUCAUUCGCGAAGAGCUACACCUCGCCUUGCUCUUCCUCUCCCACCUCCAGUCGAUAGAGGUGCACGAGAUUGACUCCAAAGGGCAGUUUCACGUGCUCGCUACCGCCAACAAGGUCACUACCUCGGUCGCCCAAAAUCUCAGUUGCGCAUCAAUUCAAGUUUCUGAGGGGACGCGCUCCUCAACAUCUGAGUGGUACAUCAUCCGAACCACCGGUCCACCCCACGAAUGCGAGCAACUGCUCGCAGAGGCCCUUGACGACUCUCCAGUAUACGUUGCGGAAGAACUCAAACGAGAGAAGCUCCGUCCGGACGUCGCGCUCGCCUUCAAUGCCACGACGUCAUCCAUCGAAGGGCGUCUAUUCACUUUCCUCCCGCUCCCGCUCCGUACCUCCUUUCCUUGUCACAUUCAUGGCAUAUUCUCCUUGACGGACUCACGCCAAAACUUGCGAAACCCGUCGGAGACUAUUCUGGCUGGGACGGCAGACGAGCUCGCGGUGGCAUGGAACCGACUGCUGUUCAACACCUUCGUGCCCCGUGCCUGGCUGGCUUUUCUCGAAGCGGCCGUCAGUCGGGAACUCCCUCUCGAUCUCUAUAGCUUCAUGCCGCCUUUGCAAGACACUCACACGAGCGGUGAUGCUGCGUACUGGUCGGGUCAGCUUGACAGCGUGCUGCGGUUGGCCCUGGAGAAGCGUGCGGCCAUCUGGUCCGAAGUGUCUGGGUCCCCAUCCCGCUCGCCCCGAAACAUAUCCCUCGACAACGCGCUCAUCGCAUCCCCUCAAGAUGGCGACGUUGAAGUGCGAACGCUGGCCGCCGCCGGCGUGUCUCUCAUCAAACCCCCGGCCAAUGUCUACACCGCCCUCAAAUCUCGUCUCGAAUAUCGCCUGCUCUCACCCAACACUGCGCGGAAUGCCCUCUUGACUUGUAGAAAUGGUCUACAAGCUCUCGAUCAGAGCGAGAGGGAUGUCAUCAUCAACUUCUUACUCCAAUCCAACGAUUUGACACAGCUCGUCGACAUCCCCAUCAUCCCUCUAGUAUCAGGUCGUUUCACCGACCUCCGAGGGCGCUCGCGGGGCUCGCCAAUCCACGUCUUGUUCGACGCUCAAGAUGAAGAGAUCUUCGGACAGUUCGACUCCGAUGCCAUUGCCCUCGAUCGACUUCCGCCCAAGGCCAAGAAGCUCUUGAUCGAGAACGGCGCGCGCCUCGUCAACGUCAACAAGCUCAACAAAGCCCAGACGCUGCAGUACGUCAGAGCGGCGCAGAAGCAGUCUGGGACGUGGGCUUGGUCGACCACUCGGGAUUGGUUCGCGCUGUUCUGGACAUGGAUAGCGGACUGCUCGUUCUCUGGGGAGCUCGUCACCGGAAUCAAAACCAUCCCCACGCUCCCAACUACCUCUGGCCGUCUUCGCUGCACGGGCGACGUAGAUGUGUUCGUUAAUUCCAUCGAUCUGUCACAAUCGCGCCGGAAUGUACUCUCUAGUUGUGGCAUCACCUUCCUCGAUCCCGCCGUAUCGUCCCCCUUUCUCCUGGGUCACUGUCCCAAGCUCGUCAAAUACGCCAGCUCGCCAGGAGAUCUAUUGGACGCUUGGCACGCCGCGCCCCUCCAGAACGUCCCGGGUGAUAUCGCCGAUGCACUGAGGAGCCAUCUCGCUGAGAUCUUACGAAGGAGCUCCGUCCGGCUCUCCCAGCCACAGAAGACUGCACUUCGGAAUCUCCCCAUCCACCCCAUCUUGACCUCGUCCAACCACACUGUGAUGUCUCCGCUGAGUGCAAGUCGCGCUCUGUACUGCAUCACUCGCCCAGCCGGGCUACCUUUCCCACUCCCUCACCUCCCGGAUGGCAUCUUUGUACAUGCAUCGACGGACGAGCAGCGUUUGUUGGAGGAGAUUGACUACCAAUCAGCUACCCACCCCCUGUCGGAACGACAGGUCUUUGAUCUCGCCGUCGAGCACAUGGAACAGCAGACUCCGGAGGUCCACCGUGACGUUCUCCGAUACGUAUCCGACCACCGCCGCCCCCUCCUCAAUACCGUUGAAAGUAGGCUGAAGGCAGCGUCGAUCGUACGCGUCGGAAUCAACGGUGCUCUUACGCUCCCACCACAAGAGAUCGUUGAUCCGAGCUCUGCCCUCAAUUCCAACUACCCUCCUCUCAACCGCGAUGCAGAGCCAUUCCUCGGUGCCCCCGUUAACGUUCGAAUCACGGAGCUACUUUCGAGCCUCCGCCUCCUCAAACGGGACGUCGACGCGGACUUCAUUUCCGACCGCAUCCAGCAAAUCGCCUCUCUUCCUUCGGACUCGACAGUUGCUCACUAUGCUGCACGCUCCCUUCUCGCAUCGCUGGACAAGAGCCGAUACGACUGCACAGACGUAAAGUACGACCACCAGGCUGCGUGGAUUCCCACCUCACAGGGCUUGAAGCGACCAAGCGAGUCGCGCGACACGUCGAAAGCUACGCUCUACAACAGUGUCUUGCACAUUCUCGAUCUUCACCUUCACUCAGAGUCACUCCGGACCUUACUUGGCUGGAACCAGCCCGUUCCCUUGGAGGUCAUUAUGCAGCAGUUCCGGCACAUCGUGUCAACAACCACGGAAGAACGAUACUACUUCGAUCUCGUAUGUGAAUUUGGUCGACGCUACAUGGGGCUCUCGUCUGUGCAGUUAGACGCCCUCCGGCAGGAAGCGCAAGACAAGGCAUGGGUUCUGAUCGAAGGCGGAAAGAUGGUAGUGCCUCCAGCGCACGCACAUUUCGAUGACAUCGUUCGGCUGCCUGGGUUUGCGCGCGUGUCUAUGGAGAUCGUCAACCGUGACGGAGUGCGGCAGUUCCUGCAGACCAUGGGAUGUUCAAAUAGACCCACAAACUCGACCAUAAGCGCAGCGAUCCGCAGGCUGGAACCGGAAGCAAACCAGAACGCCGUGUCCCACUGCAUCGCUCUUCUCGCGGCGCUUGAUUUCAGCGCUGUGGACCAAUCAAUGCGCGAAAGUCUCCGGGCCCCGGGAAACGAUGGUCGUCUCCAUCCCCUCUCGCUGCUCACCUACAAUGAUCGCAGGUCUGGUGCCCAUCUUUACCAGUUUCCGGAGGAGUGCAUUCUAGUGCACCAAGAAGUACCCAGAAAACUUUGCCAAGACCUACAAAUACCUUCUCUCACAUCGCUCAAUCUUGGGCAGGCUCUGGACCUUGGAUUCGAAGAUAUGCGGAUGGAGGAGGACAUCACCACACGCAUCUCGAAUGUCCUGCGUUCGUACACCAUCGAGCAAGCAUUCGGCGAAUUCCUCGCGAACGCGGCUGACGCGGGAGCCAGGCAAUUCGAUGUCAUGUUGGACGACGACUCUCGACGUCGCGCGGCUCCAUCAGCCCUGGUUUGCGAGGACCUCGCGCCGUACUUCGCCUCUCACGCCCUGGUUGUGCACAACGACGCUCUCUUCACCGAGAAUGACAUUCGCGGGAUCUGCCGCAUUGGCCGUGGAGGGAAGGAUGAUGACUCCGCGUCCAUUGGACGGUUUGGUUUGGGUGCUUUGUCGUUCUAUCACUUCUCCGAGCUGGCGAUGAUCUUGUCGGGGAAGUACCUGGUACUUCUGGAACCUGGCGGACAAACGAUCCCUGAAGAUGACCAAGGCCGUAGCCGGAACGCGCUUAUUGUGGGAAUAAAUAACAUUCGGGGCCUUUUCCCUGGUCAUCUUCAAGUCUUCGAAGGUCUGUUCGGCUACUGCGCAGGCGACGAUUUCUACGACGGGACACUCAUACGGCUUCCACUCAGGACUGGGGAUCAAGCGCGAAAGAGUUCUCUCUCCAAGCACGCCGUGUCAAGCAUUGAAGUGGUGUCUUUGAUGCAAGCAUACAGGUCGACUGCGGCUCAGUCACUCUUCUUCAUCGAUGUGGAUAAAGUCUCUGCGUACGAUCGCGGUUCAGAUCGACCCUCGGCCCAGCUGUGGUCCAUCAAAGCCCAUCGCAAACGCACUAACCAGUACCCCGCACAAUAUGACCUUCGUCAUGUCGACCUCACCGAGACCCUUCGCUCAAGCGGCUUCUCCUACCCGGUCCCAGUCCCCCAUACGUCAACUUCCAAGUGGAGGGUGGUUGAACGCAACAUAGACCCUAACGCGCUCCCCGACUGGAUACCCUCUAUCGUCGCCAAGUAUCGCUUGAAGCGUCUCAGCGUCGCGCUUGCCGCUCGUAUUGCUCCAGCAGAUUCCCCGAACUCCGACGCACACUCUUUCUUUUCGUCCCUUCCACUUCCUGUGCCAACCGCACUACCGGUUCAUAUCCAUGCCUCUUUCGUCUUGGCUGACGACAGGCGCAACAUUCGAUGGGAUGGGGAUGGCUCGAUGAACGAAGAGUCCAAAUUCAACCGCUGGCUCCUCACUUCACAACUGCCGGACCUCUACAUUUACCUCCUGGAAGUCUUCGCGCAGGGAGAUCCAACUGUUCACAGCCCCUGGCCAUUCAUCCGGCGGGAAGGCCAUGAUCCCCUCUCUCUGGCGAUUACAGAGAGCAUAUAUCGCGACGACUGUUUGGGUUCGACGACGCGAAAGAUUUUCCGUAGCGUCACGGGCAAGACUUUAGGCCCCUCACAGAUUUUCGUCCGUGGUCCAAGCCAACCAACCGUCGUCAAUGCAGUGUUGGAAUCCCUCCGGCCCGACGACCUCGUGGGGCUUCCGGCUCUCGUCCUCUCGAAGGUUCGCACCCUGAAUGCAAUCAAGAAGACAGACACACGUUAUGUGUGCAGCCUUGCUAGAAGGAAGUCCGAUAUAUUCCUUGAGCACUGCAGCCUUGAAAGCGACGUGGUCAAGACGGUCAAUGAACUGCUCACCUACUUCCUCGAGCCUACCCGUAACAACGACUCAGCAGGCCCCCUUACAGUACAAGAGCUCAUCGGCCUUCCACUUCUCCCUCUCGCCGACGGGUCACUAGGCGUUCUUCGGCCUUCGACUCAUGUCGACGGAGUGGUUUACGCGUCCUCCUGGGGGGUACAUACCCCCUGGCCGCUCUUUCCCGCCAAAUCCUUCGUGGCUCCCGGGCUCAAGUACGACAACCUCGUGGGUGACCCCAAAUCGAACGUCAAGGCUUUCGACGGCGCAGCUGUAGUCUCUCUUUUGAAGAAAAGCCCUCAUAUUGCAGAUUCAGCCAUCCAGACUGUCUCCGAAGCGGCCCAACGGUGGAUCUUGGAUUUCUGGGCCACUUAUGAUUCCGGGUGGUUCCCCGGUCCGGAGCUUGAGCACAUCGCGCAAUUCGCGCUCAUCCCCACGGCGAAGGAGCGAGUCUUCGUAUCACUUCAACGAGCACGGUCUCUCCCAACCAUAGGCCAGCCCCCGACAUAUACACUCUAUGCACGCCUUUUGCAGCAGCGCGCCGCAUCGGAGGCGCAAUGGAUGGCAGAGCGGCUGGUCGCGCUGGGGGCAAACGUCAUCCAUGAACCGGAGGAUCGCAACCACAAGGCUAUUCUCCCCCACAAGCUGCGUACCGAAUUGAAAGACGUUGCUUUCAGUUUCAAACGGGUCGUGGAUGUUCUGAAUCACAUAGGUUUAUCCGCCCUCCGAAGCAGACUUGCGAGCUGGCCUGACGACGAUCUAAAUCGGUUUUCGGCGUGGCUCCAGACCGCUCUCGAGACCUCCGUCGUCGGUGUCGGUGGUGGCCCUUCCACCUCCAUCCUAGCCAGUCUUCCAAUGUGGAAAGUGUACCGCGCUGAUCGAUGGGAACGAUGUCCUCCGAAGGCUCUGACUGACUCCAGCGUUGGUGUGCUUCCCAUGAUCACGGGAGUCACAGCCGAUCGUCUGCAGGAAGUCGUCACUUUCUUGGGCAAAUCCCGCUUCCCCUUCUUCGUCCACUUGAACGCCUUUACGAUCAGCGUCUUCAAGCCGCACGUCAUCCCGAUGUCGAUCUCGGAAUUCUGCUCAAGCCUCAAGUUUCCUGACAAUCUCGACAAUGCUUCAUUCUCCAUAUACUCUUAUAUUCUAAACAUCAUCCUAGCGACUCCGGACUCCGGCAACUCGGGCGUAGCUCUCUUGGCUCCGUGCAAAACCCUCCGCAUGGUGCAGAUAUCAUCGCUGUACCAGCACGACAUCCCGGAGUUUCUCGCGGCGUUCAAUCAUCGACCGCAUUAUUUCCUUCACGCCAAGCUGCACUCCAAGGAGCCCCAACUUGUUUCCAGGUUUGGCCUACAGAAAGAGAAAUCGCUUGACACGUUCGAAGAGUGUCUCAAAGCAAUCGACGAGGAUUUCGACAACAGCGACACUGCUGACCGGAAUCGUUCUAUGGUCGUAUACCGUUGGUAUUGCAACCAGGUGCCCCUCCUGGCCUCCUCUCAAGGGUCCAACUGGUGGCGCCGCCUCGACAGGUACGCUUUUGUCCCACGCCGAGGAGACCAGCGCCGGGUGGGUGGGUCAACGACAUUCCGAGUCGAAGAUUUCGCAACCCCGCUCCCGCUACUGGUGCGGCCAACCCAGGUGGUCCGCGACGAGUAUGCGUCUGUGGCAUGGACACAGCGCGCGCUCUUCCCCACGAGUGUGGACACGGGGCGACUGUUUCUGGCCGACCAGUCUCUCGGAGUACCAACCUCGUCCGAAGUGGUGGAACAUCUUCGCGUUCUGGCCCUCAGUGUAUCCCCGUCUUUCCCUCGCGGCAACAAGGACCUGCUCGCGGAUCUCAAAGCGACGUACGCAUUCCUCGCCACCCUAACAGGACUCGCCGACCUCCUCCACCCGCACCGCGACGAGCCGCUUUUCCUCAAUGUGGCCGAUCCCGAACGCGACCCUUGGGUCUUUGUGCCCGCCACGCUCCUCACGCUCAACGUCCCCGACGACGGCGACUACCGCGAGGCCCGCGCGUUCCUCCAACCCUUCCGCGCGCUCCUCGUCGCCGCUGGCGCGUACGAGAUUCGCCGUGUCACCGCACCAGCGCUGGCGCCUCCUACCCCUGCAGACGACGCGCUCUCCCUGCUCCGCGCCGGCUUCGACGGGCUCCGCACCCAGCGCAUCCUCACCGACGUCGUCUUCCGCGCGCCCGACGGCGAAGGCGGGGAGGUGUGGGCGCACCGCGCGCUACUCGCGAGCGCGAGCGAGCACUUCUACGACCAAUUCGCGAGCGGCUUCACCGAGGGCGGCCCCGCUUCUGCGCAGGACCCGAUCGUCGUUCUCGUCGAGAACGCGCAGGAGCUACAGUGCACACGGCUGAUCAUCGAGUACAUCUACACCGGACAUCUGGGAAAGUCGGAGGGGAUGUCCACGCAGCUCGCGCUGAUGCACCUCGCACACCGACGGCAGGUUCCGCAGGUCCAGGUGCACGCAGAGGUCCUGCUCGUCGAGCACAUCCAACCGGGGACGUAUCUGCAGCUCCGUCAAGAUGCCACCGCAGUCGAAGGAAAGACGCUCCUGGGCAAGAUCGACGAGUUUGAGCAAACGAACGCAGUAGCGCUUGGCCAGAUGGCGAGCUUCGCGUUUCCCACUUAG